GAUAAGAAAAGUAAAAGUAUGUUGAGAUUAAUAUUAAUUGUUGCAUUUUUAAUUGGAUCAACAAGUUGCAAACGUCCCAAUGUUCUGUUUAUAAUCGUUGAUGAUUUAAGACCAAGUUUAGAAUGUUACGGAGAUAAAGAAGCUGUUACACCAAAUAUAAAUAAAUUGGCGUCUAAAAGUUUUGUGUUUAAAAACGCAUUUGCACAACAAGCUCUUUGCGCUCCUAGUAGAAACUCUUUAUUAACGAGUAGACGUCCCGAUUCUCUUCAUUUAUACGACUUCCACAACUAUUGGAGAGAUACUGUUGGAAAUUUUACAACAAUCCCUCAACAUUUCAAAGAAAAUGGUUAUUAUACUUACUCUAUAGGAAAAGUAUUUCAUCCAGGUAGUACAUCGAAUUUUACGGACGAUUCUCCAUAUAGUUGGAGUACUAAAUCAUUUCAUCCAAAAACUGAUACAUUUAUUAACGCCAAAGUUUGUAUUGGAAAAGACGGAAAACUGUAUAAAAAUUUAAUUUGUCCCGUUGCUACUGAAUUUCAGCCGUACGGAACAUUACCAGACUUGGAAUCUCUAAACGAAGCGAUUCGAUUUUUAAAAUAUAAAGAUGAAAUAACGCAAUCUAAACCGUAUUUUCUUGCUGUUGGGUUCCAUAAACCACACAUUCCUUUUAAAUUUCCACUAGAAUAUCUCAAAUUUCAUCCAAUUGAAAAUAUAACUCUCCCAGUUAACAGGAGACGUUCAGCCACUCUCCCUACAGUCGCAUGGAGUUCUUGGAUAGAUAUAAGAUGGAGAGAGGAUAUAAAGCAAUUAAACGUUUCGUUUCCUUUCGGUCCGAUGCCUGAUGAGACGAUAAAAAAAAUAAAACAGGCGUAUUAUUCAUCUGUGACUUACAUUGAUGAUUUGGUGGGGAAAUUGAUGAAAUAUGUCAAAAGAAACACCAUAAUUGUGUUCACCUCAGAUCAUGGAUGGUCUAUAGGGGAACACGGAGAAUUCUCGAAAUAUAGUAACUACGAUGUUGCAUCAAAAGUUCCUUUAUUAAUUCGAGUUCCAGGAUUAUCAGAACGUGAAGUAAUUUUUCAACAACCAGUUGAAUUAGUUGAUUUAUUCCCAACGUUAGUAGACCUAACACAAAUUUCAAGUCCUUUAAAAACAUGCCCUUUAAAAAAAGUGGAUAUUACUUGUACAGAAGGCAAAAGUUUGAUACCUCACAUGGUAUCAAAAGUUAAAGGAAAGGAAAUUUCUCAUCUUACUGCAUUUACUCAGUAUCCGAGAUCGGGCGUUUUUCCGUCAAUACACCCCAACAGCGACGAACCCAAACUAAACGAAAUCAAUAUCAUGGGGUAUUCUCUUAGGAACGAAAUUUUCAGAUACACAGAAUGGGUUGAAUUUUCCACGGAAACUUUUAAACCGGACUGGAAUGUCGUAUACGGGAGAGAAUUGUAUAAUCACGUGAUAGAUACAGACGAAAAUAUAAAUUUGGUAGACAGAGACGGACUAAGAAAUAUUACUAGUGAUUUGAGGAAGAAAUUAAUACUGGGUUGGAGAUAUGUCAAAUGGGAACAAGUUGAUAGCGGAUACACAGAAAACAUGAUUGCAAGAAAUAAAAUCACUUUUUUGGUACAAAUUUCCCAAAAUGGAAUUAUGUCGCAACUUCCGAACGCUUUAGGAAAUAAGAGAAGUUAUAGUAUGCAAAUAAAUUGUUCAAGAAAGAGAAUUCCAUUAAGAAAUAAUGAAAAUUUAGGAAAUUUUGUGAGAAAUCUCGGCAGUGGGGUAGUAAAAUCUCCUCUAGGCGAAGUAGAAUCUAUACCCAACGAAAAUUUAGUGGAAUAUGUUUUUAAAAAAGCCGAUCAGUGGUCAGAAGAAGUUGCCGUAACGUGUGGUGCAACUGGUAGAAAUUAUUCAUUCACAAUGUUAAGAUUCCUAGUUAAUAGAUUUGCCCAGGCUGUUUUGGGACAUUGCGGAAUGCAACCUAGAGAAGUUGUAGGAUUACUAUUACCUAACAUACCUGAAUUUGUCAUAGUUUGUCAUGGUGCCAUAGAAGCUGGAUUAGUAGUAACUUUCGUUAAUCCCCUGUAUACACCAGAUGAAUUAAAGAGACAAUUUGAAAACGCAGGGGUGAAAAUGAUAAUCACUGUGCCUUUAUUGUUAGAAGUGGCAACUACUAUAGCCCCUUCGUUACCAGGUUAUAGAACAACGAUUUGUAUUGGAGGAGAAGAUGAUGUUUCUAAAAAUAUUCAUGGAUUGGAGAGUCUAUUAAGAGCUGGCCACGAAAGCGAGUUACCAGGAUUAAACCCUAAGGAGUUAACCCUACUGCCGUAUUCAAGCGGUACUACAGGAUUACCUAAAGGAGUAAUGCUAUCACAUUAUAAUUUAGUUUCUAAUUUAUUCCAAGGUGAUCGAGACGAUCUUGUACCGAGAAAAACAAAAUCUGGUGAUCGCCAACAAGUACUUUCUGUACUUCCUUUCUUCCACAUAUUCGGUUUCAACGGUAUUCUUAACGUCGCGCUCUCGGGCGGCGCUCAUUUAAUAACACUCCCAAGGUUUACGCCUGAAGAUUAUGCCAAAGCGUUAGAAACCUACCGGCCUACUUUUCUUUUCGUCGUUCCAUCGUUGCUGCAAUUUUUAGCGUCACAUCCGGCUAUUACGAAAGAUCAUUUAUCAUCAGUGGAGGGGAUCCAAUCGGGAGCAGCUCCGUUAACUGAAGCUAUAAUUCAGAAAUUUAGAGCUAAGGUGGACGAUCAGGAUAUAUCAAUUAGACAAGGAUACGGAAUGACUGAAAGUUCUCCGGUGACGUUUAUUAUGCCUAGGAUUACCCCACCAUCGAAAAUAGGUACUAUAGGUAUACCAUAUCCAGGAACCCAUGCCAAAAUCAUCAGCCUCAAAACUGGAGAGACUUUAGGUACUCACGAACCAGGCGAACUUCUCAUCAAAGGACCACAGGUUAUGAUGGGAUACUUGAACAACGACGAGGCUACGGCUGAGACUUUGGAUGAAGACGGAUGGUUACAUACAGGGGAUGUAGCUUAUUAUGAUGAAGACGCGUUUUUCUAUAUUAUAGAUAGAUGCAAGGAACUUAUUAAAGUCAAAGGAAACCAGGUAUCUCCAACAGAAUUAGAAUCUCUGAUUCUAGAAAUUGAAGGAAUUUUGGACGCAGCUGUUGUGGGGGUACCCGAUACUUUAGCAGGAGAAGUACCUAAAGCUUACGUUGUACGUAAGCCUGGUGCCAACGUAAACGAGGAAGACAUACAACGAUGGGUGAAUGGAAAAGUGACUAAUUACAAGAAAUUAGUUGGAGGUGUAAAAUUCAUUGAUGCCAUACCGAGAAAUCUCAGUGGAAAAAUACUUAGAAAUGAGUUGAAAUUGAAUUAAUGUUGUUUAUAAGACAACCCAUAACUUUUUUUUUAUUUUACAAAUUACGAAUUUUAUAUUUUAUUAAUACUGCUGUAUAUUUUAAGUGGACUUGACGUAGUGGAGGAUAAAUAAAAUUUAUUUUUAGGAAAAAAUAAUUUCAACGUUUGCGUUUUUUUUUUAAUUCGAUUAUUGUAAAUAUUUUUAUUACAUUUACUGUAGAAAUAGCUCACAAAAUUUUAUAUAUUUUAGUUUGUACUUAUUUUAAUGGUUAUUAUUAUUUUGAAUAAAGGAUUCAAUUUUA